UCAAUCCAAGAAUCUCGUGUACUGCAAGAAACUCAAAGCAUUCAAAGCAUAAGUAAAUGAUGAUCCUGAAGAAUGCAGAUAAAUUAGUGAUGAAAAACAUUGAGAUGAUACACUAAACAUGGCUCCGAAGAAAUCCAAGUAUGUAGAGAUCUCCAGUGAGAGGGUGAGGAACUCUACUCUCAAAAGAAGGCUCGAUGGUUUGUACAAGAAAGCGCACGAGCUAUCAGUGCUGUGCGGUGUAGACAUAGCAGUUAUAAUUCAUGAUUCAGGUGAGGGAAAUACGAUGCUAUGGCCCUCCCCCGACAAGGUAAUAAACGAUGUCGACAAGUUCUUAAGCCUUCCUGACCAGGAGAGGCUUAAAAAGAUGGUACUUCAGGAGAACUACUUGAUGGACAAAGUGAAGGACAUGACUGAAAGAGUAUCUGAACUUCGUCAAAAGAAUGAAGAAACGGAGAUGGGGUUCGUCUUGAAUCAACUCAUCAAUGGCAAAAACUUAAACGAGUUGGAUACAAGGCAACUGAACAGUGUGUACCAAUUGGUCGACAAAAAGCUGAAAAACGUUCAGACCAGGAACGAGGAACUUGAAGGGGUUCAAGACAACACUCCAGCAGCAGAUAUUGCUGGUCAUUGUCUCCCCUUCUUACCGGGAUCAGAGGCAGCGGCUGCAAGGAAAAGCCAAGAUAGCUGUCCUCCAGCAGCAACUCCAAUCACCACAUUCAUGCAAGAUAUGGCGGUCAACGGUGAAAAUAUGUUUGGCAUACAAGACAACCUCAAUUUAUGGAAAGGAAGUGACAUAGAGCCCGAACCGACUAAAGCUGCAACCCCCUUCAAUGAAGGAAAUCAACUCGAUGAUUUCAGCCAAGUUUGGUCAUCCAUUUUCUCUCCGUGAUUCCAAUUUGCGCAUUUCAUACCGGCAGGCUUCAGAGUGAAAAACACACACACACAGAUACUUUCUUCUGUUUUCUCACAAAUAGCCAUUCUCCAAUAUCUAAACUAUUGUUCGUUUCUGUUUCCUAGAAUUUUAUUCACUAAUAUGCAAGAAUAUUCUAUGUAAUCCUGUCCAUAAGUUCUAAAUACAAAAUCAAAUCUACAGGGAUUGAGAAUAUGCUGUCUUAUGUUAUAUGUUUUAACUAUCAGAACAUUCAUUAACCACAUUAGAUCGGUGUUUUCUUCCUAGUGUCACAGAUCGGUGUUUUCUUCCUAGUGUC